GGGGUUGUGGCGAUGGCGGUGGUGCCCAGCAGCUGCUGCUGAGGCUUCCUCCUCUUCCUCCUCCCAUGGGGUAGAUACAGAGAGACAGCGAGAAGGGGAGGGAGAGGCAGAAGGAAGAGGACGACUCUCUCUCCCUCCCUCCCUCCCUCCCUUCCUUCUCCUGUGGGUAGUAGGGACGAGUAGUGGUUGUAAUAGAAAGAAGGAAAAAGUUUCUCCAUCCGGCGAAGUCAUUUGCUGUUACUCUCGUCGACAGAUUCUGCUGAUGCUGAUGCUGAUCCUGCUUCUCGUUGACAGAGUGUUCGUUAGACAGCGAGCCCGAGGUCCUGCAACGGAGUCUCUGCUCGGUGCCACGGUUGGGGGCCAUUUCUGCUGCUGCCAUUUCUGAGGGUGCUGCUGCUGCAGGCGGAGGAGAGAAGAAGCAUGUGUCUACAGAAAGUGAAUCUCUAGAGGACGAGAGAAAUUGGGUCGGAGACGACGAGGAAAUCAUGGCCCUGAAUUUGCUUCUCCAGCAGCAGAGCUGCUCGCCUCUGGCUCGGAGAUGGGCGACUACUUCUGUGGUGACCCGGCGAUCGGUGGUGAGCAGCAGGUGCUGGCCGGUGCAGCUCGAGAGGAAAGAGACCGUAAGAGGAGGAGGAGGAGAAUUGAGUGUGAGAUGCUCGCACUCGCUCAGAGCCGAGCAUGGAUUUGAUUCAACGAGACGAAGGCUCGGGUCAGCUCGUGGGAAGAAUGGUGGGAGAAGACUCAUUCACGCACUAAGGAUCGACGCUUCGGAAGUCGUCGAAGAAGACGAGAAAGACCUGAAUGGCACUAAAUCUGCAGAAGCGAUUCUCCCAUCCCCAUUAGCCUCCCCGUCACUGUCAUCAUCAGCAUCGCCACUCCAGCUGCCGCAGCCACCACCACCACCACUGCAGCAGCAGCAAUUGCAACCCCAGAGACUGAGACGAGUAGCUCGAGGAGGAGGAGGAGGAAUCCAAUGGAUUCUGGGGCCUCUGGCGCUGCUGAUCACAGGGGCCUUCCCGGCACUGUGGCUGCCAUCGCACACUCUCUUCUCAGGCUCCAUCACUGCAGGCCUUCUGGCCUUGGCAGGGCUGGACAGCACAUUUCACAUGGGAGCCACAGCGUUUCUUCUCAUGGCGGACGCAUCUGCACGAGGGAAAGCUCCAGCAGAGAGCUCGAAUCAGCAGCAGCAGCAGAGGAGCAGCAUUCCUUUGGGCUACAAGGUGUGGAGCUUCAUGGUCAACCUGACGGGGCUGCUGGUGCCGGGGGCGGUCGUGGCCAUGGCUAUGGAAGGGAAGCUGAGCCCGGGGCUGGAGUGGCUGCCUGCAGCAGCGCUGCUGGGGCCUUACACGCUGAUGCUGCUGGUGCAAUGGGUGGCAGAGGCCAUGGUCUCGCACUGGCACUCUCCCGUCUGGCCCGUGCUCCCCAUCGUCUACCAAGCUUACAGGCUCCUGCAGCUCACCAGAGGGCUCGAGCUCGGGCCCAGCGCUGCCAUCGCUGCCCCCGCUUGGCUCGUGCAGGGCCUGCUCAAAGGCCUCGUGGCCUGGUGGGUCUUCGUGCUCGGGAUGCAGAUCAUGUGGCUCGUCACUCUCGUCGGCUCCCUCCAGCAGCAGGAGCAAUGGACCUCCGGCCACUGAAACCAUCAAAAAACCAUCAAAAACAUCGCAAUCUCAUCCAAUUCCAUCCCUUCUGAUCCUUCCUCCUCCUCCUCCUCCCCUUCCUCUCACUCUCACUCUCUUUUUUCUUCCCUUGGGAUUUGCUUCGAGCUACAAUUGUACAAUUGUGCAGGAGGAGGGAGGAGGUAGGAGGGACGAUGAAGGAGGAGGAGGUGGAGAGGGGACUGUGAAUUUCAUUUUCAUACCACACUCUUCCUCUCUCACUGAAUCACGGACACGAGAACAAGCGAACAUUUGGACCACGAUGUCACGGGCUGGCCGAAAUCAGGAAUCUCUUUCUCGUCUGUCUGUCUGUCUGUCUGACCGACCGACUGCCUGUCGUCGAUCGAGCAAGCAAGCCAGCCGCCAAGCAUCGUGACAGGGUCACCACAGGGUCACAGGGAUCACUGAACGAACAUUUGACAGUUGGAUCGAUUCGUUGCCCGCCUCUUCAUCACCUCCCUCCCGGAAUCCAUCCAUGCAGCCAUCUCUGCAGCUCUUCUCCUUCCGUUGGCCCCGCUUCAGCUUCCAAUCGAUGAGAGGGAAGGUCUCCUCCCUCUCGUCUCAACAGGCCUCCAUUUCCACUCCUGCAGCGCCCUUCAGUCCCGAGAUGCGCUUUUUGUGACCGAACUAUUUGUACAUACCUCGUUAUCAUUAUUACUAUUGUGAUUAUUAAACUAAUAAAAUGCAAUAACAUGGAG